CCCUUUCAAAGCGCACCGAUAACAAAGGAAAUGGCAAGAAAUCUCAAAGAGCAUGUACGGAAGACAAAGUCCUCCCCGUGGCUAGCAAUCGAAAUGAGUUGUGUACAGAUGGGACUCUUCAGGGCGAGAAUGAUCGCCUAGAGUUAAGUGGUCCCGGUUAUAACUCGGUCACUGAUCGCGAAAUUUGUGUUUCGUUUGACGGUGAUAAUGACCCUAUGUGUCCAUACAAUAUUUCGCCAAUGCGGAAAUGGGCCAUUAUUAUCACUAUCUGUACAGGGACAAUGUGUGUGACAUGCGCGAGUUCGAUCUACACGACAACUUAUACCCAAAUGAAUGCUGAGCUCAUGAUCUCAUCCAUAAUUAGCACACUGGGCUUAUCUUUCUUCGUCCUUGGAAUCGCCUUUGGGCCCAUUCUGACAAGUCCUCUCAGCGAGUGGUAUGGACGACGACCAAUCUAUGUCGUUUCAUGGUUGCUGUUCAUGAUCUGGACCGCUGCUACUGCAGUUGCAAGAAAUAUCCAGACAAUAAUCAUCUCUCGGUUCUUCACUGGCUUUGCUGGCGGCACCUUCUUGUCCGUAUCUGGAGGAACUGCGGGCGAUGUCUUCCGGUGCGAUGAAAUUCAAAAGCCCAUGACGUUCGUCUCAGCCUCCCCGUUCAUAGGACCCUGCUUGGGUCCCCUGGUGGGCGGCUUCAUCGUCUCCCAUGCCCAUUGGAGGUGGUGUCACUACUCCAUUCUCAUCUGGUCUGCAAUAAUUCUAUUGUCGAUUCUUUUCCUGGUUCCUGAAACAUAUCACCCCAUCAAACUGAAAACUAAGGCAAAACUGCUUCGCAAAGAGACGGGUAACGAAAAUCUUACGGUGUCUGUCGAAAAGCCACAGACAACAAGAGCCCGAGCCUUGGCCUUCUCACUUCUACGCCCUGUUCAGCUUCUCACGCUCGAGCCAAUGUGCCUUUUGCUGGACCUCUACUCCGCCAUGCUGUUAGGGCUUCUCUAUCUAUUUUUCCAAGCCUUUCCCUUUGUUUUUGAAAGCACGUACGAUUUCAACGUUUGGAAAGUGGGUCUCACAUUCCUCGGCAUCAUAUCUGGAAUGAUCCUAGCAGCUACUAGCACUCCACUUUGGAAUAGGAUCGCGGAUCAACUCUCAGGUAGACAGACAGAUAAUCGUUGUGAAAAGCCACCUGAAUAUCGUCUCAUACCGGCUAUACCAGGGGGCGUUAUGAUACCAGUUGGUCUGCUAUGGUUUGGCUGGAGUUUAUAUCCAGACGUGCAUUGGAUAGUUCCCAUUAUAGGGUCGGCCAUAUUCGGAUGUGGUACCCUUCUUGCAUUUACUGGCAUAUUCACCUUUCUGGUUGAUGCCUAUCCCAAGUACGCUGCAUCUGCACUGGCGAGUAAUGGACUCGCAAGGUGCUCCUUUGCCGCUGUGUUUCCGCUUUUUGGUAUUCAAAUGUACGAACGACUAGGUCGUCAUUGGGCAACCACUCUCCUGGCAUUUCUCACAGUCUUGAUGAUGCCACUGCCCUUGCUGUUCUUCAAAUAUGGACAAUUUCUAAGGCAAAAGAGUAGAUUUGCCCUCAAAACCUAGGCAAAACACACUACCGGCCUGGAUAUAGGGGAUCUAGUCGUUAUCCCAGUGACAACCAAAUGCUACACAUGGUAUAUAUUCACACCAAGCCCAUUCCGUGUUCCAUGGAAAAUGGAAGCCAAGAAACUAAUUUCGCUCUUUCUAUCCCACAUUCG